ACUGUGAAAGGUCACUUUAAAAAGCCCGGAUGCAAAACAGUCCACAGUUGAGGUCUUGAAGCUCAGGAAUUUGUCCAAAGUCAAUUAGUAGUUGGUAUCACGAAGGCAUCAUGGAGUGAUUAUCGACAAAUUGGACCCACGGUGGAAGCGUCGAGAGUGCAAAAGGCUACACGACAAAGGAAGGAGACACGUGAGUAGAAUUACGAAAAUGGGACUUUACACAGGAGCUUUGUGUAGUUGCAGAAAUGCAGAUAGAUGAUCCGCUUUGAUAACGCCGCGCGGCGAGCAAAGGAAAGCCGUGGGGCCUCCGCGCUUGGCGUUGCGGCGGAUGCCGUCCUGGAACGCCGCAUGGAAACACUGACGACCUCCUCCAGGCCUCGCCGCUCUCGUGUGUGGGCGCGAACGUGCGCGUGCACGCGUUGUUUGCAGGCAGGAGUUCGCCGGGAGAAAACGCACACAUACAGAUGCCCAAACUUUGCAGCUUCUGACGUUGUGCAUGACAGCGUUGCUGAGGCAGAACGGAGGAGAAUCCAGGGGGCAGUCGAGAUGCCACAUCGUCACAUCUCGCUAGCUCGGGAGAGCUGAGGCUGCGCCAGUUACUUUUGGGGAAAAUUUGCUGCGCAAGAACAGACGAGUGAGCACAUGCAGUCGCAGCUUGUCGACGAGCCUGGCUGUCCAAAUGGCUUCUCGAGGGAGCCCGGGGGACUUUCUGGGGAGCACAUCAUAACUUCUCCAGAUCUGACCCAAGAGGUGGUCAUCUCCCCGGGACUGCCGACUCCUCCUCUCAGCCCCUUCGGAACAGCGAGACUUUCUUCCGGAGAGUUUAAGGCCUCAGAUUUCACCGGAAGUGGACAAUCUACUCCCAGCUUUGGAUCAUAUUAUGGGCCCUCACAGUCACACGGUGGGCUCACCAAUGGGGUCCAGGGUUCUCCCACCAAGGAGGAAAGACUCAUCAAAUACUCGGGCAUUGGCCCGGUGGACGAAACCGGGAUGCCCAUUGCCUCCAGAUCGAGUGUAAACAAGCCCAGAGACUGGUACAAGAGCAUGUUCAAACAGAUACAUAAGAAGCCGGAGGAAUGUGAGCUUGAGGAUUCAGACAGGUACUCGACUGGAUGCCUGCAGUCCUCUGUGAAAAAUGAGGAUGAAGAAGGUGAUAAAUAUCUCUUCAGGCUAUCGCCUCAUGGAGCCUUACCGGACUGGAGCCAGAAUGUCAGACAGCUGUCAGAGCCAGGGAAGCAGCAGCCUAAACCCAAAAGCAUAUUUGACUUUGAGCCUGAAAAAGAUGUUUCUUCUGUAAACUUCAGCAGCCAGGGUUACCGGUCGCCCACGAAACAUCCGGACAAGUCAAAGUCUCCUUCAGUUGAGGCCAGUCUGGUCUCCGAACUGAGUCGUUUUGAGGCCGAGUUGGACUCGGACAUCCAGGGCCUGGAAAAGAGACUGUCCCAGAAGCAGCGGCAGAAGCAACAGCAACAGCAGCGUCAAGGCUGGGGUGAGGAGACCAGGGCCGGGGGGGACCCAGUGACUGCUGCAAGGGCUGCAAACACCAACUACAGCACUCCGUCGGCGCCAAAGCAGCCCACCCGUCACUCUGGUGGCCCCUCGUCAGUCUUUGCCCCGACGUUUGAUCAACGUUCUCCCAACGACACAAUGGAGCGCUCACCUAAGAAAGACGAAAAGAAGAUGAAAGCAGCUCGGGUCAAAUUCGAUUUCCAGGCUCAGUCUGCAAAGGAGCUCACUUUGCACAGGGGCGACAUCGUAUACAUCCACAGGCAAGUAGACACCAACUGGUUUGAAGGAGAACAUCACGGUAGAGCGGGCAUCUUCCCCACCACAUAUGUGGAAAUUGUGCCUCCAUCCGAGAAGCCAACGCCGAUCAAGCCUCCCUGCAUGCAGGUGCUGGACUACGGCGAAGCUGUCGCACUUUAUACUUUCAAUGCUGACCUUCCGGUUGAGCUUCCCUUUCGAAAAGGGGAAGUAAUAAGCAUUACGAGAUGCGUCAAUGACAAGUGGCUGGAGGGGAGGAUCUCGGGGACCAACCGCAGCGGCAUCUUCCCCGCCAGCUACGUUCAGGUCAACAAGAUGCCCCGCACCAAAUCCUGCGCGGACGACUUCUCAACAAGCCCCGUGUCUCCUUUGUGCCCUGGACCUCAGAGUCCGGGGCGUCCGCUCCACUCGCCUUGUCUGCGGUCGCCGCUGUCGCCGUCCAGCCCCGCAUGCAUCAGCCCCAAAGGAGAGCACUCCCCCCGCAAUCCUUCGUCACCUCUGCCUUCCGGUGCUGUCCCACACUUGCACUCGCCUGUGCGGUCACCUCUGUCCAAAGAAUCUGCCAAUCGGUGGUCCCAUAAUUCCUCCAGCCCAGCUUCACUUGCAGACCAGAAUAAUUUCAGCUCCGCGUCACCUUCUGCUCGGUCCUCAGCAUCUGCACAUAGCACAGAAGGGCCCAUAGUGAACACUCCUCGAUGCAAUGAUUCCUCACAGGGUGCGUUCCCUAUUCCCAGCGCUAACUUACCGCGACCCGCUCAAGCGGCAAACACCGCCGGCUCCACAGCGGUGCAGCGUAAACCGUAUAAGGCUGUCUACAACUACAAACCACAGAAUGCAGAUGAGUUGGAGCUUCGAGAAGGCGAUGUCGUACAAGUCAUGGAGAAAUGCGAUGAUGGCUGGUUUGUAGGUACGUCAGAAAGGACUCACGCUUUUGGGACUUUUCCUGGGAAUUACGUGACACCUGUUUAAGCAUCUUGUUUGACCACAUUCACACUCAUGGAUUCACAAGAGCUCCACUGCCAACCCGCCCCCCCUCACCGCCACCCUCAUCACCUCCCUUAAGACAGGCCAGGCAUGCUCCCCACUUUUCUGCGCCCACAAAUGAAUACAGGAGAAGUCCUCACCUCCGCCGCAUGAGCGCAUGAGUGUGUUGCACUGGCUUCAUUAUUACACGACCACCCAGCAUAAGAAAGACUGGAUUCUGAAUACGUGGGAAGAAUUAAUGAUUUUUUUUUGGUCCCACAAUUAUUUUGCACUUUUGUAUUUCUUCCCAAAAUGAUGACUGUUCUUUCUAAUGUUCUGCAAUCAGCCGCCACAGACCACCCUGUGAAUUUGAUGUGAAUUUCUAACAUUUUGUGGACUCGAUGACUAACAUUUCCAUCAAAUGUCUGUCCCAGAUUAUUUUUCAGAUCUUUGAAGAAGUUGGAAGCAGCAACUCGAACCUCUCGAGAGAAGUUAGAAAGGGAAAAUAUGUGCCAUUAAGAGUUUUAUCCAUCCACAAGCGUAUUCAGAAAAGCAGUUUCCUAGCACAUGCACUCAUUUCUUCCUAUCAAUUGCUAAAUGUCUAAUUUUUGGGGGUAUUUUCAGAGAAAAACAGAAACAGGAAAAAUGACUAGUCUAAUAGUUAAAUACAAAAGUUGUAUUUCAUAGUUGUCUAACCCCAACCCAUGUCUGUUUCGCUCAUUUGUCUUUCCUGCUUUCAACCACAACACAAACAAUCCCUUUUCAAAUUGUUUUUGGAAAAAGAAAUCAUGACAUCAUCACUGUAAAAUUAAUCAUCGAGUCUGAAGAGGGUUGUACAGAGUGUAACCUGUUCUAAAAUAAAAUCCCAAAGUGUAAUAUACAA